AUGACAUUCAUCAAAACAGUAUUGCAUCCCCAAUCGGAGAAGGAUAAAUACUUUGCAGCCUAUCAAGAGGGUUAUAGGAAAGAUGUGGAAAGAUGUUUUGGUAUUCUCCAAGCUUGGUGGGCAAUCAUUAGGGAGGUUGCUUGUAGGUUUGAUGAAGAGGUGCUUCGGAGCAUUAUGAUGACGUGCAUCAUCCUCCAUAACAUGAUUGUGGAGGAUGAGUAUGAUUAUUAG